CAUCUGGAUGUCAUCUGCUGCUGCUGAGAUGACCAUUGAAGUGACACCACCCAAUCCUGUUGAGGGAAAUGAUGUGAAUAUAAUUGUCCGCAAUCUGCCUAUUGACACAACUGUCCACUUUUGGUACAUCGGAAGAUCUUCACUCUUCAGACAGCUGAUCGUGGCAUAUGAAAAAGAUACAAAAAAAAACUUCCCAGGGCCUGCAUUUACUGGCCGGGAGAAAAUCAGCCAUAGUAGUUCUCUGCUGAUCAGAAACAUCACCCGGAAGCACACAGGAUACUACAUCUUCCAGGUCAUGAAGCCAUUUUAUCAAACAGAAGAGGUACUCACAUGGCUGCGAGUACACUAUGGCCCGGACACCCCCUUCAUUAGCCCCUCAUACGUCUUUUACCCGCCAGGGGCAUCAGUCAACCUCUCCUGCUAUGCAGACUCUGACCCACCUGCUGAGUAUACCUGGCUGGUCAAUGGGAAAGUUCAAACACCCAGCAGGGAGCUCUUUAUUCCCAACAUUUCUCAGAGUGUGGAUCAAUCGUAUACCUGCUAUGUCUACAACUCUGUCACUCGUUUACACAGGACUGUAGUCAAGACUUUUGCAGUCAAGGCUGCUGACCUCAACCAAAUGAAUGGUACCAGUACCACCUUAACAUGUUUCAAUUCAGAUGGUAUCCAUAGAUGCCGGGUCUCUGAUUACUUUGGCAAAACCAAGCCAAUGAUUGUGCAGAAUGUACAAGGACCACAGAUCAAACAGGAUUUCCCACCUCUGUUACAAAGCAUCCCAGGAAUGAAGACAUUUGGCCUCAUGGCCAUUGUCUGUGAGAACUCUGCAUAUGAGCUGGGUUAUUAUGAAGGGUUAGGGGCUCAGGAUAAAUCACAGGUCUCCUUCAGAUGGUUCCACAAUAACAAGAUGCUGAAUCUCACAGAGAGGAUGACACUGAGCUUGGAUGACCACGUCCUCACCAUCAACCCUGUCAGGAAGGAGGAUGCUGGGGAAUAUCAGUGUAUGAUCUCCAAGCGAGUCUUUUCUAGCAAAAGUGAACCUAUAAAGUUGAAUGAGCAUUUCUGGAGCUCAAGCUCUACUCUUAGAGGAAGGACACAGCAGGCAGUACCCCCGAUGGAGACCCUCUCAGCCCCUGUCCACAUAGGGUGUAUCCCCUGGAUGAGGUUCCUGCUGGCAGUGUCACUCUUAACCAUCUGGAUGUCGACCACUACUGGCAAAAUCACUGUUGAAGUAAUACCCCCCAAUCCUAUCGAAGGGAUGGAUGUUCUUCUACAUGUUCACAACCUGACUAGGGGUGUUUCUGUCCAUUUUUGGUACAAAGGAGACUGUUCCCACUCAAGGCGCCUACUUGUGUCCUACGACAAAAAGAAGAAAGCAACCUACCCAGGGCCUGCAUACUCUAUCCGGGAGACAGUCUAUGACAAUGGCUCUCUGCUUAUACAGAAUGUCACCCGGAAGGACACAGGAAAGUACUCUUUUCAUGUCAUAAAGAUAUUUUAUCAAACAGAAGAAGUGAGUGUAAACCUCCGUGUCCACUAUGGUCCAGAAACUCCCAUAAUUACCAACUCUGUCACCUAUCACCAGUCAGGAGCAACACUCAAACUCUCCUGUCACGCAGCCUCUGACCCACCUGCACUGUAUACUUGGCUGUUCAAUGGGAAGCCCCAGAACUGCUCACAGGAGCUCAUCAUCCCCAACAUUUCUCGGUAUAACACCGGAUGGUAUUCCUGCAUAGCCUACAAUUCUGCCCUUGACAGCAAAAUGUUCACGGUCACGAAUAUCAUACUCUUGAAUUAUGGCUGCCCACAGCUAGCAAAUCAUCAACAGAAUGUAGGUACCUGACCUCAUGGAGAAAGUCACAACCAUCACCUGGGUGACCUUUGCAGACUCACUGAGGGCCAGUGAUGGCUGGCAUGUCAGAGGAAGGAGCAAAGCCCUAGGUUCAAAUUUGAUUCUCAGUUAAUCGCCUCCUCUGUCGCACAGCUUUCAACAAAACCCAGCAAGACCAUAUCCACAUAAAAUGGUUUCCAGGUCCUAAUCUUCCUGAAUAACUAUACUAGAAACUCCAUAUUUUGGCUCAUCAAGAAACAGAAUGUGCAUCUCUCCAAGAGAAUGGAUUUCAGUUGGGAUGAAAACACCCCCACCACAUACCCUGCCAGGAAGAAGGACCCCAAGGGCAAUUAGAGUGUGGCACUCAAACCACCAAGUUGCAGAAAAAGGGA